GUCGGUGUUGUGCUCCGGGCGAGUGCGCAGAACCGUUAUAUUCGUUAAUAUUUGAAAUUAUUUGAAUAUAACGAAUCAAUAUGACACUUCAAUACGUUGUGGAUUUAUAAACGACGAAGAGAAAGUUGAAUAACAUGUAAGAAACAAAAUAAGCAAUAAACAAGUAAAAUUAAGUUAAGUGAACAAAGAAAAUACUGAAUAACGAUGAAGAUGAUGAAUAAAUAUAAUAAAUAAGGAAAAUAGAUAAAUAGUGAAUGAGAAACGAGUGAAAUAUUGAGUUAGUUUUGAAAUAAGAAAAUCAAAUUAAAGAUGAAGAACAAGAACUAAUAAUAAAAGUGGAAUAAAGGAAAUGAAACAAUGACUGAAAAAUAAUAUAGAACAAAUAAAUGAAAAAAUAAUAACAAAAAACAUGUAGAAACAAACCAAUAAUAAAAACCCAGAAAUAACAAUAAACUCGAAGUGAACAAGAAAAGAACAAUGAAGAACAACAACAGUAACGGACGCAGUAGGAGUGGGAGCAGCCGGAGUGGGAGUGGAAGCAGUGGACGGAGUGGGAGGAGUAUGGGAGGAAGGAGUAGGAGUGAGGGAAGGAGGGAUUCUCACCUCACUCUCGAUUCCUUGUGUACUUACGAGGAUGGAGAGGGAGAUGCCAUCUUUAACAGGUCGGUGAUGGGGUUCAGUGCAUCCCUACAGGGGGAGACAAGCCAUGCGGCCCUGUUGGCUCGCCAGGACGCGGAGUUACGCCUCCUGGACACGAUGCGCAGAGUGUUGGUAGCGCGGGCCAAAUGCGACAGGGACUACGCCGCCGCACUAACGCAGCUUGCUCACACGGCCGCCAAGAUGGACGCCCCGGAUAAUGUACUGGACGACUCUCAUCUUCAUAAGGCGUGGCGGAUGAUGGUUGAGGGGUUGGAUGAGUGGAGCAGUAUCAUGCGACAGAACGCGGACACACUGGUUGUAGAUACUGUGGACAAACUGGCCGCCCUCAUCACGGAGAAGCGAGCCUCUAGGAAGGUCUACUACGAGGAACACCAGAGGAUUACCAAUGAAGUUACUAGAUUACAAGAAGCUGUAGGGAAGUCUAAGAACAACUAUGAACAAGCACUUGAGCACUACAAGACUUCUAAAACUAAAUACGAAGACCAGUUCCUCAAAGGUAAGCCGGGGCGUAAGCUGGACGAGUUGAAGGAGCGUUAUCAGAAGGCGUGUAAGAAGCUUCACCAAGUGCACAAUGACUACGUGCUGCUGCUGUGUGAGGCGGCGGACUACGAGAGAGACUUCCGUACGGUUCUACUUCCUGGUUUACUAGAGUACCAGGAACGGGUGCAGGAGGACAUGAUUGAUAAAUGGCGUUCAAUACUAACAGAAGUGUGUGAGCUGACAGACACAACACAGGGAAGGUACGCCCAGCUGCAGACAGAAGUGGUCUCCUCCGUGUCGGCCAUCUCACCCAAGUCUGAGUACUCGUCCUUCUCAGAGACCAAUAAGAGCUCACCGCCUGACCCUGUAACCUUCGAGUUCUGCAACAAACUUCUUGGAGAUGGCGUUGGAUCCCUUCAGGCGGGUCAGCUGGCCGUCGACUCCCUCACGGUCGACUCCUUACGACUCAGACUUAGUGACAUUGAACACAGGUUACACGAAGUCUCGACGGAACUUCGGGAGAAACAAAACUUAUUAAAUCAACACGAAACAGAAGUGGUUAAUAUCAAGAAGAACUCUUUACAGGAUACAGGUAUUGCAUCCAGAUUACUAGUGCUAAAGCGAGCCAGCGAUGUCCUACGCCGUGAACUAAACGAGUUACGAUGUAAGGAGUCGUGGCUGCAACACCAACGCAGUCUCAUUCAUGACCCACUGGCAGCACUGGGCUGUGAAGAGGCCCCUCAACCCUGGGAGGCGGCUCAGGGACAAGUCAACGGAGACUCGGGUUUCAGAUCAAAGUCUUUACUGUCGUUGAAUUUUGCGGGUCUAAAGUCCAAUUCCAUACUGGCCCUCAAUUUUCUGUAUCAGCGCUCAGACUCACUCAAAUCUCGCUCGGCCGCUCUCAAGGAGCUACUCCGCAAACCCUUCCGUGCCAGGAACAGUGCCUCACCUGCCUCCACACCACCCACGCCGACUAGAGCCAACACCGAGGAGAGGGCCUCGGCACCCGACCAACAGUCCCUCACCACGGAUAAUUCCGCAGAAGGCCAGGCAGAGGUCCACCCACAAGCAGUAAAUGGUAUACCUGAAUUGACCUACGACCCAGACCGGUGCUUGGAGGACGAGCCAUGGUUCCACGGUGUACUGCCAAGAGAGGAGGUGGUGCGAUUACUGGUGAAUGAGGGCAAUUACCUAGUGAGAGAGACCACGCGUAAUGAUGAACAGCAGAUUGUCUUGUCAGUCUGUUGGGGCACUCAUAAACACUUCAUAGUUCAGACCACACCUGAGGGUCACUACAGGUUUGAGGGUCCAGCCUUCCCAACCAUCCAGGAACUAAUCCUUCACCAACACAACUGUGGCCUACCAGUCACUAACAAGUCAGGUGCUAUACUCCGGACUCCCAUCUUCCGUGAACGAUGGGAACUAAAUAACGAUGAUGUUGAGCUGAGAGACAAAAUAGGCAGAGGUAACUUUGGGGACGUGUACAAAGCUCGGCUACGGGACUCUGGAAGCGAGGUUGCCGUCAAGACGUGCAGAGUAACGCUGCCUGACGAACAGAAGAAAAAGUUCCUACAAGAGGGUCGUAUCCUCAAGCAGUACGACCAUCCCAAUAUUGUCAAGUUUAUAGGCAUUUGUGUCCAGAAGCAGCCCAUUAUGAUAGUGAUGGAGUUGGUGCCGGGUGGAUCUUUAUUAAGUUUUGUGAGGAACCAUAAAGGUCAGCUGAACGGGAAGCAGAUGAUGGGGAUGUGCCUGGACACUGCCUCUGGGAUGGCCUAUCUGGAGUCAAAGAACUGCAUCCACCGUGACCUGGCAGCACGGAACUGUCUUGUUGGCCAUCGGAAUAUUGUCAAAAUAUCUGACUUUGGCAUGUCAAGAGAGGAGGAGGAGUACAUUGUCAGUGACGGCAUGAAACAAAUACCCAUCAAAUGGACGGCUCCAGAGGCUCUUAACUUUGGUAAAUACACUUCGCUGUGUGAUGUGUGGAGUUACGCCGUGUUGUGCUGGGAGAUCUUCUCAUCCGGGGAGGUGCCCUACCAUGGCUACUCCAACACCAAGGCCCGAGAGAUGAUUGAUUCAGGAUACCGGAUGCUGGCACCACAUAACACCCCCGACGAAAUGUACCAACUGAUGCUCAAGUGCUGGCAGUAUGACGCGGAAAACAGACCUCACUUCCCGGAGAUUUACGCCGCUGUAGACACUAUAUACUCAUCACUAUAGCAGAAUGUGUAGUGUAGAGUGUCUCAUUGUAGUGAUAUUCCCUGUAAGUAGGAUUUUGUAAGGAUAUUCUUAAAAGGCGCGUGGAGUUCUCCGAAGAUGGGGUGGAGUACAGUACAGUAACUCAGGUGUACUGUAGUAGACUGGAAGUGCCAAGACCGUGGGCACUUUGCAGCAGUUUCUGGGUCAGUCAGCCACCACAGGUUGUAAAUAAAGACAGUUCAGCAGUGAAGAAUGACUGCAGUGCUCUACUCAAUACGGUGAUUUACUGUUUCAUCUUGUAUGUUCGUAAAAUCCUUCAUUGUGAUUUGUAUUUUUUUGUUUUUUCAGUUCACAGUACAGUACUGUAUUGGUUGAGUUAAAACUUGGGGUGAUAUAAUUUAUUCUGGUCUGAUUUUUUAAAAUUAUUUUAAUUUAGUAUAUAUGAGUGUAUAAUACUGUACAGGUAUUGGCUUUUCAGCUCAUGAGGAGAAACUUGAACAUUUUAGGUACAGUAUUUUAUUAAAUUUUUAUGGAACUCAUUAAUUAUAUAAUAUUUGAAAAAGAGGAUACGUUCAUUGCUGGAAGAGUGAUUGUAUGACAGAAACGUUUUGGUCAAUGGCUGAUAAUGAACCGGAAAUAUUGCUGUGUCAAGUUAGUGAUUAGUAACUACUGGAUUACUAUUUAGACUCAAUCAGUUCUGCAGAGUUAGAUGACUAGUGCUUGACCUGUUAUCAUAAAGGACACUAAGGCACUGAGUAUUAAAGACAAUAGCACAUACAAGCAUGUGACUGGGGUGCUUAUGGUCCCGUCAGCUUUUCUUUAUAAAUGCCAAUCUGUUAAUUGAGCUUUACGGUGCAACACUUGUACUAUUGCUGAACAUGAUACAGUACAGUUAUACUUGAGGCACACACACAACACUGAGGCUGGACUGGUGGAGGAGCUUUUUGCUUUAAGUGUAUAAAUGCACAAGUUCAUGUCAACAACGACACUGUUGACGGGAAGCAUCAUGUAAAGUUCAGCAUCAACCCACAUAAAAACAGCAGACGAGCAUCAUUCCUGUGAGUGUAGCGAACACUACUUGUAGCACACCCAAGUGAGUUAUGUUUAAAGUGAUUCUAUACAAGAUCAUUAUUGAUGUGACACAACUGAGUCUUCCUCAGUGUGUACAGGAAAAUGUGAUCUUUUGAUUGUUUUUAAGAUGUUAUAUUUGUUUUCCUUGAGACAUAUCUUUUUGAAGUGACACGAAACAUUCUUGAUAAAUGAAGGAGAAUAUAUUGAUUAAUACCAAGAUAUAGUACACAGUUGUGUUGAUUGAAGUGAAGGAACACAAACAACUCUUUCUCAGUAAGUGCAGGAACAAGCAGAACCAUAUGAUUGUUGUUUAAGUAUUAUAUUUAAUUAUAUAUAUAUUUUAAGUUAUCUGUGAUAACUACUGAUUGUCAUUGUAGAUAUUGGUUAGCUGGAGACAGUUUAGGUUCAUCUCUCAAGUGCUUCAUGAGCAACAAAGUCAUAAACAGGGUAUUGUACCCAUUAGUGUGGUCACAGUACACAACAUGACUGAGCCAGUGUGCCCAAGACCUAAUGGUUACCUUAUUAGGACGGGACCAUCUAACCUGCUGCCAUAACUUGAACACAAAAGCAUCUGAGAGUUUAUUUUGAUGGUGUUGUUGUCCGUCGCUGAAAUAUGUUGUGGCCCGACGUUAGUAAUUUACAAUAAAACUUGCUGUACCUUUAGGGUCGGUGGCUGUGUGUGUAUAAACAGACUACAGUAAUGAUGAACAUUACUUGUGCUCUGUUGAUAAAACUUCUCUCACAUGGUUUAAUAUUUCCCAUUGCAAAGGUAUUUACAUACUGUCAUUUUAUUUGUCGUAACAAAUAAUUUUGAGCAAUUUUAUGUUGAAUAUGAAUAUUAAGUUUACUGUAUUUAUGAUGAUUAUUAACGUCUUAAGAGUUACAGUAUAUUAGGAGUAUCGAGUUAUCAGUGAAGUUGAAAUUUGGAAAUACCAAGACUUGCAUUACCAUGUUCUCUAUGGUAGGUUUAUAGCCAAAUUAUAAUUUAUCUCUUGCCUUGACCAGAGCAAUAAAAGUGGUCAAGGUAAACUUUAAUUAACCAUCACCUACAGUGUCAUAGGUUUCUGAACAAUGUGUGGAUAAGUUUGGCUACAAAGAUGAAAGUGUGUGCCAUACUUUAUUUAUAUUGUACUAACUAGUGGAUCUGUGCCAUGAAAGAUUAUGAGAUAUUCCAAACAAAGAAAUUAUUAGUAAGAAUUGUUGUGUCUUGUCUGUCUGUUGGUUCAUGUAAGGAUCAUUAAUGCAUGUACUGUACUGUAUACAUGUGUGGACUAAUUCAUACAUGUGUGUGUAUACUUCUUCAUGUUUGUGUUUGCAUGACUGCCUUCAGGCCUUGUGUGGGUAUGUUUGUCCCCUUGUUUGUGUAUCAGUAAUAUAUAUAUAUAUAUAUAUAUAUAUAUAUAUAUAUAUAUAUAUAUAUAUAUAUAUAUAUAUAUAUAUAUAUAUAUAUAUAUAUAUAUAUAUAUAUGUACAGUAUACAUAUUUUUAGGUCACUAUGAAUUUUAACUAUUAUUACGUAGAACUGAAUUUUAUAUUUAAUUUUGGCAUCUUAAGCCAGCCUAUGUGAAAUGUAUGUUAUGCACUCAGAAUGAAUCAGUCAUUGUUUUACAGAGUUUUCCAAUUAAAAACUUGUGAUGGGGCCUUACCUGUAGUGAUAUCAAUGCAUAGUUUCUUUACGUACAAAAUUCACAUGUUUUUGGCUGUUAUGUAAAUUUGUUCUGUGAAUGAAGGGACAAGUGUGCUUGUUCAUGUGAAUCUCUGUAUGUAGUGAGAGCUGUCACAUCUCCUGCCCAAGAUUUUAUGACAAAAAAACAAUACAUUUAGAAAUGGAUGGAAAAUGAGUUAAAGAUGAUUAUUGGAGUGUAGUUCUUAUAGUAUAUAUUCCUCAGAAAAUAAUUUGAGUAUAAUUAUCAAAGUUUAUAAUCUAUAAAAAAGGUGGAAUACAGUAGAUAAUAUUCCUAUUGUCAUUUUUUUCUGUAAAUGUGUAAUAUAUAUAUAUCUAGUCCACUAACCUAUAUGGAAGUAAGAGUAAUUGUGGAGUUAUUAGUUGUUCUGGUCUGCUAUAUCCUAGGAGACUUAUUUUGUAUAUACUGCCUCUGCCUAUUAAUAAUGCAUAAUUUCUCCAUGUAUAUUGACUUGCUUUAUGUGACUGUUAAUGUUUAUAUACAACAAGUGUGCUAUUCUUCCUGAUGAAACAUUUAAGUCGAGUGAUCUGUGUAGUCUUAGCAUUAGGUGUACACUCGCUCCAAAGGGUAUCUUUAUGGAGGGGCACCGACGAAUUUCAAAGUGAACGCCACGACUUGCGUUGUCUCUGUAUGGUUGUUAAAAUACUUCAUACGUUGCGUCAUAUUAUCUCGCACGUAAUCAUAAAGAUAACUUUUUGGAGCUUGUGUAUAAGAGAGAGAGAGAGAGAAAGAGAAAGAUAUUGCACUUCAAACGUGACGUAUGUUUUUGUGGGAUCAAUCCUACGAAAGUUGUUGCAAACCCCAUUUUUAUUAUUAAACUCUACCAAUUGUGAUUACCAGGAUGCAAAUAUAACUAUCAUGAGAUAUAUUGUACUAUAUAUAUAUAUAUAUAUGUGUGUGAAACUAAGAUGGAUGUGUUUGUUUGCUGACAAAUUGAUAUAAUGCAACUCAAGAUUUUUACAAGAUUUAUACAAAAAAAAAAUUAUUACGACUGCUUUGUUGAUUACAUACACGACUGGAACACGUUAGAACUACGAAGCUUUGCAGUACACUUUUUUUUAUUGAAUUUCUUUUGGGAUUUACAGCUAAACAUCAGAAUUUUUAAUAAUAACAAUAAUUACACUUUUGCCUACUCUGCCAACUCUUAACUAACACACACAACCUGCUCUUGUUAUUCUCUAUAAGUCACUUUUCCAUUAAAAUAUUUAAUGUUG